AUGGAUAAGGUUCAGCAGAUAACCCGCUCUGCCAUGCGAAGAGCCUCUGCAAUUGAAGUGAAUCCGCAAGCCCACCACAACGUACAAGGAAUCUUUAUCAAUUUUACUCUGAUUCUUAUUUGUCUCCUUCUUAUGUACAUCAUAAAGCUGCUGAUGUAUUAA